CUCUCCCAGCCCUAGUUCUGAGAUUAGGACCGAGUUGCUGGUCUUUGGCAGAGGCUCAGAAGCAGCUGGCGCUGGGGACCCAGGCACAAGAGGAUGGGCGUUGAAUGACGAGAAGGUGCAGACAAGGACUUGGAUGCAGAGAGACCAGGCAGGAAACCAGCAUCGAGGGAUUCUGGUUAUUCAGCGAUAGUUAUGACCUCCCGGUUACGUGCGUUGGGUGGAAGAAUUAAUAACAUACGCACCUCAGAAUUACCCAAAGAGAAAACGCGAUCGGAAGUCAUCUGUAGCGUCCGCUUUUUAGAUGGCUUGGUACAGACCUUUAAAGUUAACAAACAAGAUACCGGUCAAGUUCUCCUGGACAUGGCUUACAACUACCUGGGUGUGACUGAGAAGGAGUAUUUCGGUUUACAGCAUGGUGAUGACUCGCUGGACUCUCCCUUUUGUGAAGCUCAUCCUUUUAUUGAUGGAAAAAGCUGUGGUCUAGUAAAAAAAAAAAAAAUGUGUGACUUACGGGACAGUAGCUGCUUACAUACAUUGCCUUUUUUAAAGGGAAAAUUUAAUUUGUUUUUGAAAAAUGUUGUAGGAGGUUUCCCCUGUACCCUGCAUUUUCGAGUAAGAUUUUUUAUACCUGAUCCCAACACACUACAGCAAGAACAAACCAGGCAUUUGUAUUUCUUACAACUGAAGAUGGAUAUUUGUGAAGGAAGGUUAACCUGCCCUCUUAACUCAGCGGUGGUUCUAGCAUCCUAUGCAGUACAAUCUCAUUUUGGAGACUACGAUUCUUCCGUUCAUCCUCCGGGCUAUCUCUCUGAUAGUCAGUUCAUACCAGAUCAGAACGAGGACUUCUUAGCGAAGGUGGAGUCGCUUCAUGAGCAGCACAGUGGGCUAAAGCAAUCAGAAGCGGAAUCUUGCUUUAUCAACAUAGCUCGGACCCUCGACUUCUACGGAGUGGAACUGCACAGCGGUAGGGAUCUGCACAAUUUAGAUCUAAUGAUUGGAAUUGCUUCUGCGGGCAUUGCUGUGUACCGAAAAUAUAUUUGCACAAGUUUCUAUCCUUGGGUGAACAUUCUAAAAAUUUCUUUCAAAAGGAAAAAAUUCUUUAUACAUCAGCGACAAAAACAGACGGAAUCCAGGGAGCAUAUAGUGGCCUUCAACAUGUUAAAUUACCGAUCUUGCAAAAACUUGUGGAAGUCCUGUGUUGAGCACCAUACAUUCUUUCAGGCAAAGAAGCUGCUACCUCAGGAAAAGAAUGUUCUGUCUCAGUACUGGACUCUGGGCUCUAGGAACUCCAAAAAGUCUGUAAAUAACCAGUAUUGCAAAAAGGUGAUUGGAGGGAUGGUGUGGAACCCAGCCAUGCGGAGAUCUUUAUCGGUGGAACAUUUAGAAACCAAGAGUCUACCUUCCCGGUCUCCUCCUAUUACUCCCAACUGGCGAAGUCCUCGGCUCCGGCAUGAGAUCCGAAAGCCACGGCACUCCUCUGCGGACAACCUUGCCAACGAGAUGACAUACAUCACCGAGACCGAAGACGUGUUCUACACCUACAAGGGCUCCCUGUCCCCUAAAGACAGUGAUUCCGAGGUCUCUCAGAACCGGAGCCCGCACCGAGAAGAAAUGAACUCUGUCCUGGCUUUUGUUUCCGACGCCUACUGCGUUUACAGUUCUGAAGCAUCGGCUUCUGAGGGCGAGCACCCGCUUGUCUGCCGGUCAGUCCGUCCGUCAGUCUGUCUCUGCCCCCUUUCUCUUCCGGGAGCUGGGGGUGGCCAGUCCCUCCCCGACUGCUCUGGCUCCCCAACAGCAGUGGCAGUCCCUCCUCCUGCCUCUGGGGCAAACCACUUGCUUCCAGUCUCUCUGCCUACGUUUCUUUGCCCCUUUCACAGUUACCCCGAAGCCUCAGGGGUUGCCCUGGUCCCUCCCUCAGUCAUGCCUCACGUCCUGCCCCGAGCGGGGAGGAAGGCUACAUGGUCUGGCGUCCUCACUCGCGGCAUCGCUGUGCUGUGUCCAGCUGCCACCUCCUCGUUGUGUCUUGCGUCUUUUGAUGUCCUCCUCGCCAUCUGUCUGUCCAUCUUCCACGCUGAGCCGAAUGUUACUGCAGCCUGCAGGGAACGUCUGUACAUGGUGGCUCAGCCAAAAAAAUAUUGUCAUGCGUUUGAAGGCGUCUUUUGCUCAGCCUGCAGCCCUGGAAGGAGUGCAGUGUGGGUGUACCUGAUGCAGAGGACUUGCCUGCCCUACACAGUGUUCAUCCUUGCAGCCCUGAGAGGUCCAGAUGGUGUCGAUCAGCAGUUCCUAGAGGACUUCCACAGGGUGACCACAGGGGGCUCCACUGAGGACUCCAGCCAGUACUACUGUGACAAGAACGAUGGUGACGGCUACUUGGUCUUGAUCCGCAUCACGCCAGAUGAAGAUGGGAAAUUUGGAUUUAAUCUAAAGGGAGGAGUGGAUCAAAAGAUGCCUCUCGUGGUGUCAAGGAUAAACCCAGAGUCACCUGCAGACACCUGCAUUCCUAAGCUGAACGAAGGGGAUCAAAUCGUGCUAAUCAACGGCCGGGACAUCUCAGAACACACCCAUGACCAAGUGGUGAUGUUCAUCAAAGCCAGCCGGGAGUCGCACACGCGGGAGCUGGCCCUGGUGAUCAGGAGGAAAGCCGUCCAUUCGUUUGCUGAUAUCAAAUCUGAAGAUGAACUGAACCAGCUCUUCCCAGAGGCCAUCUUCCCCGUGUGUCCGGAGGGGGGCGACACGCUGGAGGGGUCCAUGGAGCAGCUAAAGAAGGGCCUUGAAAGCGGGACGGUGCUGAUCCAGUUUGAGACUAUCUCUUGCCAGAUGGAAAUUCCUGCUGCUCACCUGGUGAACAAGUACAUUGCCGCUCAGGGACCCCUGCCACAUACCUGUGCACAAUUUUGGCAAGUGGUCUGGGAUCAGAAGUUAUCACUCAUCGUCAUGUUGACGACUCUGACCGAGCGAGGCCGGACCAAAUGUCACCAGUACUGGCCCAACCCCCCCGAUGUCAUGGAACACGGCAGCUUUCACAUCCGCUGUCAGUCAGAGGACUGCACCAUCGCCUAUGUGUUCCGGGAAAUGCUGGUCACCAACACCGAGACUGGGGAGGACCACACAGUGACCCAUCUCCAGUAUGUGGCCUGGCCAGACCACGGCGUCCCCGAUGACUCCGCAGACUUUCUGGAAUUUGUGAACUACGUGCGAUCCCUGAGAGUGGACGGUGAGCCCGUCCUGGUUCACUGCAGUGCUGGGAUAGGUCGAACCGGUGUGUUGGUCACCAUGGAAACAGCCAUGUGCCUGAUCGAGAGGAACCUGCCCGUUUACCCACUGGAUAUUGUUCGGAAAAUGCGAGACCAGCGCGCCAUGAUGGUGCAGACAUCAAGCCAGUACAAGUUUGUGUGUGAAGCAAUUCUUCGCGUUUAUGAAGAAGGCUUAGUCCAGAUGCUGGAUCCCAGUUAAGACUGCUGUGAAGACGUUCAUUCCCCUUUCCCCGGGGCAUCCUCCUCUCUGGAAGCGGCAAGAGGAACCUGUAGGCUGUGGGAAAGGAGUGAGCACAUUUGACCCAGGCACUUUAAAUUUCUAUUACAAAAAAACAAAAGGUAUCGUGUACAUAAGAACUGUGUAGAUAACGCAUGCAGUGAUAGCAUCAUGCAGGCCUGCGCCUCCUCUGGAGAGAACCAAGCAGAAGGGGAGCUCAGUUUGGGGCCUGUCCUAAUGCCUUCCUCCCUCUCCAUCUCCAUAUUCCUGUAAACCAUCCUUGGGUAGUUAAGAGAGGACACCAGCCAUGCUGUGGACCUCCCAGAAGCGAGAUGGUGUGGCCGUUCAGAGUUACUUGGAUGCGUUGUGUGUCUAUGGGUCUAGGACUAAGAGCUGAGCUUUCCGUGGGUCUGGGUGGAGCUGAAACAGUGUUCCCAGCCUCGGUGAUGCUCGGGGGACCCCAUGGAUGUGCUGAGUGGCAGGGGGUGGGGUCUCAGGCAGAGGACAAGCCGUGCCUUUGUGCCCUUGUGCCCUCCCUUCCUUUGUCCAGUCUCCCUGCCACGUCUGCCGUUUGGCGUUUCUGAGAAUCAUGUCCACGUGCCCUGCCUCCUCCCUGCAUUAGUGACCCUCCUCAGGUUCCCACCAGUGCCUGAACCGGACGAGCAGUGCAGGUUUCAGGUGAGUUCUCAGCUGAGACUCUGAGAGUGAGGACUCCCGGUGUCGCCCCACGUGUGAGCUUUCGGAGCAGGUGCCUCUUGUGUCUGCCUCCCUCCUGCUGCACGCCCAGCGCCCAGGACUGGAAUCAUCCACUACUGAAUCUAAUACAUGGAUUGCUGCUACUUCGAGCUAUUACACUUGAACCAUUACGAUUUUCCUGAGGGGAGAUGGGAUGUCAUCUAAACAUUCAGAAUCUUUGGCCCUUCCGAGGAAAGAUCUAGACAUUGAACCACGGGAAACCCAGCUUCGAGAGGGUUGCCUGUGGAUGUGUAUCUGUGUGUUGUGUUGUGUGUGUGCGCCCACGGGUGAGUGUCUGUCAGGAUUCCUAACUUGAUUCAAAUUACAGUUGAGUUUAUAUAAAGAAUGAGUCUCUGUAUAGAAGAACAAAUGUGUGCAUUCACUCUUAGUUACAAUGGUCUCCAUUUCAUUUCAAAGGAGAGGAUCAGACUAUCUGAAUACAAACACAAUUUGAUGUUAAUUUAUUCUAAGUACACCAAGAUUUUGAUUGUCCUAAAGAAUUCUGCCUUUGUUAAUACUGUUAAUUUUUUUUUUAAUUUGUGACAGGAUUGUAGCAAAUUAUUAUUUAAGGAAAAUAAAUUACGUGAAAAUUUGAAUGUGGUAUUUUGAAAUAGUAGUUUUAUGUAUCCAGAAAAAGCAGCUAAGUAUCCAAUUUCUUGACAGGAUUUAUAGAAAAAGGAUGGUUUCAUGUUACAGUGCACUGAUAUGAGGCCGUUUUGAUGUUUAGCAAACUCCAGACCAAUUGAGCAAAAACGUUUCUUGGUCACAAGAUGGGUAAAGACCUUUAUGUAGGGGCCAGGUUUCUAAAGUUCUUUGUCUCCAGACCUAGCAUAUUUCCUGCAUUCUUUCCAUCUUUUCCCCAUUGGCAUUUUACUGUUAAAUGACAGGGGUUGGGGGAGCUGUUGUACAGUGUCAUAACCCACGCUGGGCAACAGGAGAUGACGAAGCCCCAACCUUGUCAGUAUGAUGCCAAGCUAGCUGAGUGUAACAGCAAGGCUUGGAGCUAAGGGCUGGGGGAUUUAGUUUCUGAUUCCUCUCAACAGCUUGCCCUGGUCCUAGUCACCUGAAAGCGUUAACCUCCAUUUUCUCAUCUGUAAAAUAGGCAAACUAAAUAAUACUGAGGACUCUAGGUCAAAUAUGAGGAUUGAAUGAGAUCACGCUAUUAAAGUUUUCAUCAGCUGGAAUCUGACACUGCUCUGGAUGCAUUGCUUGGAAAAAUUAAUUUUUUAGUGACUAGCCCCUAAACCCAUGAAGCAGAAGUAGAAUCACUGAGGUUUUUGUAAGAGGAAAUCACUUUUAUUCUCAAGAGAACCAAGGGCACAAAGGCAUAUCAUGCAAGUACUUCUAUUCAAUCCAGACUCAGAAAAUUCCACCAGCCGGGCACCAAAAAAGAGAGACGGCUGAAGUAAAUUGAAAUGCCAUCAGGAUGCUGAGCAAAUCAUUGCCAUUUGAUAAAAAAGGCACCACCGCCCUGUGUAUAAAAAGCUUGUGAAGUCUAAAUGAGUUUGGAGAUUUGUGUUUUGUUUUGUUUUGUUUUGUUUUUAAAGAAAUGCAUUUUUUAAUAUGGUUGCAGAAAUGCUGCCAUUAUUUUACAUCGAUUACCCAAAAGUUUACCAAAGAUUGCCACCAGCCUUUUUCCGCCACUGUGCAGGCCAGUAGUUCAGACUCAGCAGAUGUUACCUGGAACAAAAUCCAUGCAAUCCUGGGGAAGAACAGCACAAGAGAAUUAUCAAAAGGAGUAAAACGUGCAAGUAGAUACUAUAGAUGCUACUGAUCAUCAGAUUGGGGAGUUCAGGAUUUCUGCUUCACCACCUUAUACACUUAUGCAGUUGGACCUAAGAAGCCCUUAUUAGCUGUAAGUGAAGAACUUCAUCAAAAUCAGGAUAGAUAGUUUGCCUGGGAAAUUGUAGUAUGCAUGGAGAAGACAUUUACAUCCUGCAUUCUGGCGCUCUCAGAAGAUCUACUUAGACAUCAGUGUACAGACAUAAGAUGAGAGGUCUCUCUUGGUGUCACUCCUUAGAACCUGCACUUGAUGUUGUUUGACUUUCCAGAAGAAAAGAUUCAACUCAGUUCAGUUGGGGCAGGAGGGUUAGAGAAGAAACUUGGGCUGGUCUUCAGUUCCUACCACAGUAAUUUCAUUUUUCACUUUGCUUUGAGACAAGCACAGAGGCUGUUGCUGCAGUUGCUGGUUGACGUUUUUUUGUUUCUCAUAGAAGUUAUCUUAGAACCAGAGGCAUCGAGGAGGCAGCGUCAAUGGGGAGAGGCAGUUAGAGGCAGGAUGUGGGUCCAGACUAGACUUAGACAAGAUAUGUCACCCUUGGCCCUCACUUUCCUCAUCAGUGAAAGGGAGGUUGGGCUGGACUAGAUGAGCCCUCUGGUUCUUUUCAACGUCUACCAUUCUGGGAGUCUGUGUUCCAGAGAAUCGAGAUUAAUCCUAAGCCCAAGCCUCCAGUAAGCUACUAGAUAGAGAUGUAUCACGUUUCUAGAAUUUGUCUCCAAAAGCUGGUCCCUCAGUUCUUGCAGAGACUCUGACCUUAGUCUGAGGAACCAAGCAGGGGUGGGGCGGUCUGAUGGUCGGGCCGUCCAGCAUCUCUUAUAACUCACGUUCCAUCUGGAACAACCAAGGGAUUUGUGUUAAGUCGUGUCGUUUUGAAAAGUAUCUUAAUUGAUCAGCGAUAUUUUGUCUGUAAAUUUGGAAUGUUUUUCAUUCUGGCCUGUUCUUACAGUGACUCUGCUGAAAUACAAUUUGAUCAAUAUAAAAACCUUCAAGCUAUGCAA